GUGAAAAUACCUUUUGGAAACAAAUAUCUGGAUGCUAUUUUUUCUGUCCCAGCAAAGACAUUUACACAUGGAGUGAUUCUUACCCAUGGAGCUGGAGGAGAUAUGAAUUUCCCUCAGCUGGUUUCCCUGGCAGCCUAUGUUGCAUCCCACGGAGUUCUGUGUCUGCGAUUUACUUGCAAAGGCCUAAACAUUGCAUAUAGGGCUAGAGCAUACAAAACAGUUGUGGAAUAUUUAAAGCUCUCUGAUAAGUAUAAACUUUCAGGUGUCUUCCUUGCAGGCCGUUCCAUGGGUUCGCGAGCUGCUGCCUCAGUGAUACGUCAGCUUAGCCAGGAUGGUGAUGAUGACUUCAUUCAAGGAUUAGUGUGUUUAUCUUACCCGCUGCAUCGACCAAAACUUCAGUCCAAGCUCCGUGAUGAGGAUUUAUUAUUUAUCAGGUGUCCAGUGCUAUUUGUCUCAGGAUCAGCAGAUGAGAUGUGUGAAAAGCAAUUGUUAGAAGAUGUGGUGAGGAAAAUGAAAGCCCCUCAAAAAAUCCAUUGGAUUGAUAAAGCAAACCAUGGGAUGGCAGUUAAAGGCCGAACAACAGAUGAUAUCAUGGAAGAAAUAAACACACAGGUUUUCUCUUGGCUCACAGAAAAUAUUGAACUGGAGCACAAAUGAUUAUCAAUACAUUAGGGUAACAUUUCCUAAAUAUAGCAGAUUAGAGUCUAUUUCUGAUGGUUUUUUGAAAACAAGUAUUUUGGAGAGGUCUAUAUAUAAAUGCARGUAUAACGUUUUAUGAAUGUAAAAACUGUGUAAAAGGAAGAGUUGUUUUUAAAGAAAGAACAAAAUUACCAAAUAUUCUGUAUCRGGGCAGCAUUGUUUUCUAGAUCUCCAUGAAAAUGCCUGUAUCUUUUUAUUGAUCUACAUUACCAAAUAAAUUUUUUUUCUAAUAUUCAAAGUAAUAUUCUGGGGGAGGGGGAAUCUAUUUUGAAGCCUCUGAAUCCUUAGGUUUAUUUUAUUUCUGAUUAUGUUACUGAUGUUAGGCUUGUUUUGAAAAGAUACUUUUCAAAAUGUUUUAAAUGAAAUGUUAUUCUACUGAUGUGUAGAAGCCUGUGAGCCUGCCAUGCAGGACUGCCCAAUACGGCCUGUGCCCGCCCCCACAUACCUUUGUGCCAGAUCCUUGAGCUCAGCCGACUUCAAGAACUGUGAUAGACAUGGAGCAAUCUCCAACCCGGAGCUCUGAAGCCUGGUAUGUAGCUGGUGCGUUUUCACCCCCACUGUGGGCUGGGGGURUCCUGUCUGCUGGUAUAGCCAAAGAAUAGAGCAGUGUGCUCAAAUGAACCAGCAGAGUACAGAAUGCCAGGCUGAAGUUAUGAAGUGAAUGCACAAAGGGGGAACCGGUUUG